AUGGACAAGAAAUGCAGCAGAGAGGAGUCGAGCUGGCUGGAGGUUGAGGAGGCCUCGCCUUGCACAGGGAAGAAGGCGGACAAGGCGUCCAUCGCCAACCCCAGGCGAUGGAGCUCUGGGGCGAAUGCCGUGGCGGUGGCCUUGAUCAUGACAAUCCCGCCCAUCCUUUUCAUCUUCAGUGGCCACCUCGACGCGCCGGCGGUGUGGAUCAAAUCUACCGUGGCCGGAUUAGGAGCGCGAGGAGCAGAAUCAUCCAAGAAGAAAGACGUGCUUCUGGGGGGCCUUCUCCUUUCAGGAUUCGACCAACAAUCAUGCGCCAGCCGCUACCAGUCCGUGUACUACCGCAAGAACAUGACACGCUCGCCGACGCCGUAUCUCAUCGACCGGCUGCGGCGGCAGGAGGCGCUGCAGCGGCGCUGCGGUCCGGGCACCGACGCGUACCGGAGAGCCUCCGACAGGCUGAAAUCCGGGCAGAAAAACGUCGACACCGUCGACGGCUGCAGCUACCUCGUGCUGCUGUCUUACCGGGGCCUCGGCAACCGGAUACUCGCCGCGGCCUCGGCCUUCCUCUACGCCAUGCUAACCGACCGCGUGCUGCUCGUCGACCGGGGAAAGACCAUGGGCGACCUCUUCUGCGAGCCGUUCCCGGGGACGACGUGGCUGCUGCCCCUCGACUUCCCGCUCCAGGGCUACAAGGACCUGGGCGAGGACGCGGCGGAGAGCUACGGCAACGUGACGACGCUGCGCAACGAGACCGGCGAGUCGUCGGAGCACCGCUUCGUGUACAUGCACCUCGACCACGCCGCGUCCGUCGAGAACAAGCUCGCCUACUGCGACGACCACCGGCAGUUCCUCCACCGGGUCCAGUGGGUGGUCAUGAGGACGGACGGCUACAUUGCGCCAGUCCUCUUCCUCAACCCGGCGUACAAGCAGGAGCUCCACCGGAUGUUCCCCCGGAAAGACUCCGUCUUCUACAUCGUCUCGAGGUAUCUUCUCCACCCGACCAACGACGUCUGGGGCAUGGUCACCCGGUUCUACGACUCCUACCUCAAGGGCGCCGACGAGCGGCUGGGCAUUCAGAUCAGGGUCUUUGUCAAGGACGACAAGCCGGUCCAGCACAUCUUGGAUCAGAUCCUCGCGUGCACCUCUCAAGAGCGUCUCCUGCCGGGGGUGCUGCCGAGCGUGGGAGGAUCACGAUCAGGAGAAGCACUACGCCCGCCGCCGACGACGACGGCCGGCGCGCGGUCCAAGGCCGUCCUCGUGACGGGCCUCAACGGGUGGUACCACGACAGCAUCCGGGAGAUGUACUGGCGGUCGGCGAGCGCGAACGGGGAGGUGGUGAGCGUGCACCAGCCGAGCCGCGAGGAGCACCAGCGUAUGUUCCACCGGAUGCAAGACAUGAAGGCGCUGGCGGAGAUGUACCUGCUGAGCAUGACCGACAAGAUCGUCACCAGCGGCUGGUCCACGUUCGGGUACGUCGGCACCGCUCUCGGCGGGCUCACGCCAUACAUCAUGAUCAAGCCGGAGAACGAGGAGGUGCCCGACCCGCCGUGCAAACGGGCCAUGUCCAUGGAGCCGUGUGCUCAGGGGCCGCCGUACUUCGAGUGCACCAGGAAAGAGGUCGACAAACUCCUCGACACGGGUAAUCUGGUGCCUCAUGUCCGGGCCUGCGAAGACAUGUCUUGGGGUCUGAAGCUCACUGAGCCGAUCUCCGAGAAGGAUGUGUAG